AUGGCCUCGAGAAUGACUUGCGCGACUAGGAUCCGGCGAAUCAAAUGCGACGAAGAACGACCUGCUUGCGAGAGAUGCACAUCUACCGGGCGUGACUGCUUGGGCUACGAGAUCGGUCUACCAUUUCUUUCCAGGGACCAAGCUCAGCCGUAUAGAAAGCUGUCGCCUCGAUGCAACGAAAGUGACAUCGUGAGGUGGAAACAUGUCCCGCGGCCUUUGGCGGUCCUGCCCAGCGGCUUGUCCCCAAAGGAGCGUCAAGCAUUCCACUUCUUCCGCGAGCAGACUUCGUAUUCCCCUCCAGGAUUGGGCGGCACAGACACUACGUGGGAAAUGAUUGCCCUGCAGCUAAGCCUCGCCGAGCCAGCCUUAAUGUGUGCCAUCGUUGCUGUCGGCUCCUUGCACCAGGCGCGUACCACCAGGUCGACGAAUUUGCUUAUGAGGACCUAUGCCCCCGAGCAGUUUCAGUUCGCCAUGGAACGCUACUCCCGUGCCGUAGGCCAUGUCCAGCAACAGAUUCGUUCUAGUCAGCAACAGGGAAGUCGCAAAUCCGUUGAGCUGGUCCUAUUGGCGUGCUUAAUGUUUAUCUGUGUAGAACUUCUCAACGGGAACAAUUCUCUUGCUAUCCAACAUUUACAGACCGGGCUUAGGAUUCUUUAUGAACACUUGUACGGCCCGAUGCCCACAGAUCGGAAUCAGAGAAGAUUGAUACUGAAGGCCGACCCGCGAUCCACGCUGGACCGGCUGUCGAAGGUCUACAUCAAGCUUGAAGGUGUUGCCGCUUCCAUGUUCGGUCAAGACCAGCCGAUCCUGUUGGCUUCCCUUGGCAGAGCCUCUGCAAGUGACCCUUGCCCUACUCCUAAAGUAUUUGCAAGCCUCAACGAUGCUCAGCUCCAUCUGGAUGUUCUUACCAGCGCAAUUUACUGUGCCCGUGGAGAGCUUCUUCACUUAGCUGAAGAAGAGCUUAGGACUUCGAGGGACGUUAGCACUCUGGAUGGCAAGCAGCUGAGAUGCCUUGUUUCAGCUUCCUCACGGCUAGUGAACCUGGGCGAAAACCCCAGGCUAGAACAACACAUCCGAGCCCUUGAGCGAUCCGUGGCUGCGUGGUCUUCGGCCCUUGCCUGUAUACCGGCAACCUCAGAACAUCCGGAUCAUCAAUUCCGUUUGCUGCUGGAUGUCCAAUUCUUCGAGCUGUGGCUUACCUCAUCUACAUGGUUGGAUCGAACUGAGACUGUGGGCGACCGCUUUGACAAGUACUACCCCUACAUGCUAAGCCGGAUCGAAGAAUACCUCAAAGGAGCAUUUCAGGAUUCAGACUACCUCAACGCACCACGCGCCGGCGGACCUCUGCGCGCAUUUGCGUUGAGUCAAGAGAUUCUUCUCCCAUUGUUCGGCAUCGCCAUGCGAAGCCGGGACACACGGACUCGGAGACGAGCGCUCCUCAUCCCGAGUCGACUCCACAUUCAAGAAAGCCUGGUCGACAGCGACUUCUUGGCCGCCGUGAUGGAGCGCAUCGUAGACGAGGAGGAAACCGCCGCGAGGACGAUGAACGGGUUUCCGCCAGAUCGACCGCUCACUUGCAACGAUGUCCCCGAGGCGGCACGUUUCAUGGCCGCACACGUCUCGACCGAGGAUGGUCAUGGCCGUGUCGCACGCCUGAUCGGCUGCCAGUGGGCUGCACCCGGGGAUCAGGAGCUCACGUUGAAGGAUUACCAGUUCACGUUGGGCGAACUCGGCUCGCCAAGCCAGGGCUCGAUCUUCCCCGAAGGUGCAUUUCCGCAGAAACUGAUGUAUAAGUCUUCGGACGUACAAUGA